GGAAAAACUGAGGUGGUGAAAUGUCAAGCGAGUAAAGAAAUCCGUGGCUCCGUUGAGCUGUGAUGGGAUGCUCCAGCACAGUGCAUGUGUGGUUUCGCAGUCCGGGCUGUCGCUUUAAGACAACGAUAGCGUUGAGUCUGAUUAAUUCAAUGUAAGGCGACGCGUUAGUGGAGAAACCUUUAUUAGCCGCACAAAGAGAAAGGAGAGGAGGAGCACUGUGCGCUGGGAGAGAAUUGGGUUUACUCUAACACUUGGAAGUUACCAUAAUAAAAGCGUGGGUGUUUUUAAAAUGAAGACAUCUUGAGGAUGGGUUGUUUGGAGUAAAAGUCUGCAUCAUCGCGCACGAAAGGAGGGAUUUUUCACCAUCAGCUUGGAGUAAAAACACCACAAGUGGAGGACAGAAGAUCGGAAGGCAUGUCGUCGGAAAAACACGGUCUCGAUGACUCUGGCCGUCAGACCAUGCAGCCUCCUCCGUACCUCCCCGGCCCGCAAGACCCAAACGUACCUCAUCAUCCCAACAUGCAGCCUGCACCGGGCACCCAACCCAACUACCCUCCUCCGCCUCCUCCUCCAGGAUCAGAUGGAUAUCUUCAAGAAACCCACUUCCAUUGCGGCCCGCUGGGUCCCCAGGGGGCCCCGCAGGGCUACGCGGUCCAGACCCAAGGCCCCGGAGGGACCAUGCCUCAUGCCCCUGUAGGAUACAUCCAUCCGGGCUACCCGCUUCAGCUGCAGCCCUGCACAGCUUACGUACCCGUCUACCCCAUGGCAUCGGGUCAACCCUACAUGCCAGCCGGAGGAGGCCACCCAGGGAUUCUACCGGGCCAGAAUUAUCCCAUGCAAAUGCCACCCAGCAUCACCCUAAUGGACCGUCGACCACCACACGACUACCUGCCCAUCGCCGUGCUCACCACCGUCUGCUGCUUCUGGCCAACAGGCAUUAUUGCGAUCAUCAAAGCAGUGCAGGUGCGCACAGCGAUAUCCAGAGGGGACAUGGUGACGGCGGAAAUAGCCUCCCGUGAGGCACGCAACUUCUCCUUCAUCAGCCUGGCUGUUGGCAUCGCCACCAUUGUGCUGUGCACCAUCCUCACCGUCGUUGUCAUCAUUGCCUCGCAGCACCACGAUGACGACUGGGAGCCGUAACUCCACGCAGCGUCAGACAGAUGGGAAAUCAUGGCAUUUAUUAGCUAGCUAACUACUCUCAAUCAUUUGGAGGUGCACUGAGAAUGCACACAAACUGCUACUGCAUUGCUGGCUCUCUGUGUACAGCUACACACACACACACACACACACACACACACACACACAUACACACACACACACACACACACACACACACACUGAGCUCUGACCUAACCUGCUGCCAUCAAACACACGCCGACGACCAAAAACAACCAAUCACAGCUGAUGUUCAAACACCAAAUACAAGCAGCUGUAAAAUUAGGCCCAGUUUUGCUGUUAGCACAGUGACCACUUAAUAUUUACACCCAGAUAUGAGCUCCAUGAGGGAAACAAAGCUCCUUGUAUUAAUAAUUCAUUUGACGCUGAUUAAUUCAUACUGAUGAUGUAGUUAGAUAAGAGGAUAGGUCACUGUGUGUUUCAGUUCUAAAUAUUCCAACAACUAAAUCUACUAAAUGUGCCCACGCAGAGUUAUUUUUUGGAUGGUUAAAUGCAUAUUUUAGUCUUAACUGCAAGUACUAGUAUACAUGUGUUUUCUUCUUUAAAAACACUGUGCCAUGUUGAAACUGUUUUGAUUUACAGGAGUAGUGUUAUUGCUGACAGAGACUGCCAAACUGAUUGAAAUUGUUAGAUGGGGUGAUCAAUACACAUUUACCACACCAAAUGGAGACUCAACUGACAGAGUUUCUAAUGUAACCAAACACAGAGUAUUUAUUUGAGAUUGGUUGUUGGUAUAUUACAUGGACAUUUUAGCUGGAUGAGAUGAUACAUUAAUUAUAAAUUAUAUGUUGGUUGAUUUAUUUAAAAUCUGUUAUUUAUUAAUUAAUUCAAUAUCUACCCAUGCAUUGCCUUUGUCUUCAUUAAUUUACAGUAUAUCACUAGUUUUUUGCAGCAAUAUCUGACACUUUGAAAUUGGCUUAAAAUUUGAUUUCUGACGAUGUUGCGCUUUGUAGUAAUCAGAUGAUAUGAUGUAGCUGCUUACAUUCAGAGUUCUUAUAGUGCAUGAUAAAUAUAAAUUUAAGCUAAUGGGGCGUUUAUUGCAAUAAUAGCUUGUGUCCCAGCUGUUGGUGGGAAUAUUUCCUAAAAUGUCUAAAAGUGUGUGGUACAGUAACUUUCAAACAAGCUACUGUAAAGAAGACAAUUUAAAUGAAAGUAUUUGAAUCUUUGCAAAUAUUGUUUUCGCAAGUAUUAGGUAAGUGUUUUGACCUUUUUUGUGUUGCACAUCCCUUAGCUAUUUAAUCUCUGAGACCCUGUGUGUGAAACUUUAGUACAACAUUAGACUUCUAAGGCAACAUAACCCUGCAUGUCAUCUACAGUUUGUUUCCAUUUGUCUUAAAUAUCGAGGCUAGAUGUGUGCUCCUUUGACGUUGUUUCACUGUAACACAUUGAGUCAGGGUUCAUUUCCUAUGAGUAUGGUCUCCAUAAUGUAGCAGCAGGUGUGCUGUUCUUUAUAAGAGCCAACAUGGCCGUAACGUUACUGUAUGAACGACUAUAUGAGGUUUCUGGAGUAAUGGGAGGAACUGAAAAUGAAUGUUUCCAAUAAGACAGAGAGAAAAUAUUAAUGCCAAUACUGUAUUGUAGCACUUUCAGCUCUAUGAAAUGUUUCCUCUGGUAUCUUUCCUCUCUCUGUUUGUCUUUCUCCUGUCCACAUGAGUUAUUAGACCAAUUCAUAUUUUCCUUCUGCUUCCCCCUUUCCCCCUGUUGGUCUCUAUGAUGAUGCUAUUUUCAAGAGAAUUAUUCAGAGAUAUUAAAAAUGAUGUUUGUUGACAAUGAACACAAAUAGAGACAGUAUAAAUACAGUUUAUUAUGUAGUUUAUAUAUUAUUAUUGGUAUUAUUAUUAUUAUUGGCAACUGCAUUGCAUUUGAUUAUCACUCAUAAUAUUAAAUACAUAUGUGCAUGUAUUUAUCAAACUUCUAAAAACUACAAUUAAUAAUGCUCUUAAAAGCUUAGUAGUAAAAAAAAGUGACUUCCUCCUAUUUACAGCCAAUAACUUUUUCUUGAUUGAUCACAUAUGCUCGGAGCAGGAAUAGCCAAUCAGAGACAAAUAUUUACCCAACAACUGCUUUAUUGUUUAUUAUUAAACAAAACAAAAACAACCCUUCAUCCAAUUACUCAGUGAUGAGGUUUUCUGCUAAAACGUGAUUAUUCUUACUGCUUUCAGAUAACAUUUUCAUUACAAAAAAUUAUAGUUAGUACAAUCAAUCCAAAACUGUGUGUACGCUAAAUGUAACACAACAGCCAGGAGACGAUGAUCUUAGCUUAGCAUAAAGACUGGGAAACGGGGAAACAGCUAGCCUGGCUCUG